AUGGACCACCAUGCUAAGUUCGCACGGCAACGACGGAUGAAUUUGCUGAGCAAUAAGAGGCGACAAGUUAACGAGUUGAUGAGCACAUCCGGCCCCAAGAAUGCUGAUCCUAACAUACAGAUAUAUGAGCCGCCCCAGAACAAUAUGGGUGUGCCGGAACAUUCACCCGCCACCGUUGGUGCAGUGCAAGGUUCGUCCCCAUGCAACGUUUCUAAGAUCAGGGGCAAACACAUAACACGUAGCAAGGUCACACUACAACCAUUUCUUCGCAUUAGUUGUUCUGAUCAAAUACCCAAGCAUGUUGCCAAUUCUCCUUCAUCCCAGUCCACAAAUUGUCAUCUGCCUGAGGCCAGCGAUGUCCAAGUUCAAGUCUCUGAUGCAUCUGCUACUGAACCAGGAAUUACCCUCAAUGACUAUGAGUUUUUCAUGUUUGGUCAAUUGGGCUACCCAUGCAAAGUUGUAUUUUUUUGCGGGGUUAACAUGUGGAUGCAUGAGCGCCUUGCGAAAGGUGGAGCCAAUAACACUGUAUUAUUUUCCAUUUGUUGUAUGAGAGGGAAGAUGACCCUGCCUUUGCUGCCGGUUUUGCCUCCAUUAUUGGUGUUGUUGUUGGAUGGUGAUGAUGAACGAGUUGUGCAUUAUCAAAAACAUAUUAGGGCCUUCAAUGGUAUGUUUUCAUUCACAUCUAUGGCUGGAAAGAUUCAGUACACGCUUAACAAGGGAUCUGCUCCUCCGAUCCACUCUUAUCAGCACAAUUCAAUUGAUCAGAUAAUUGUGGCCGACCUCAGCAACAUUCUUGAUUCCCAUAACUCUCUUGCUAAGUCUUUUCGGUAUGCUAGGCAAAGGUUCGCUGAAGAUUCAACCACUCUGCUACAGCUUCGUCUUAUUAAGAAUAGGAAUACGGAUGGUAGAAAAUAUAAUCUACCAUCUGCAUCUGAAGUUGCAGCUCUUAUUAUAGGUGAUUUUGAUACGGAAAACCUUGCGAGGGAUGUUAUCAUUCAGACACGUUCAAAUCAGUUGAAAAGUAUUGAUGUUAAUCAUCCUCAGUACCUUGCUCUACAGUAUCCCUUGCUAUUUCUAUACGGAGAAGAUGGUUUUAGGAGCGACAUCUUAAUAUCCGAAGAGAGAUCUAAGCAAAAUAUACAUAAACAAAAAACGAUUAGCAUGAGGGAAUUUCUUUCUUUUCGAAUUCAAAUGACAGCACAUGAGUCGCAAGUUCUUCUAAAAUCAAGACGUUUGUUUCAACAGUUUUUGGUUGAUAGUUACACUGUGGUAGAAGCUAAAAGACUACAAUAUCACAAGUACCACCAGAACAAGUUUUGCUCCCAUCAACUGCAAGGGCUUCAUGAGUGCCUAAUUCAUGGGGAAACACAAGCUGCCAGAAUUGGCAAACGAGUUAUCCUGCCAUCGUCCUUUGUCGGUGGUCCCCGAUACAUGUACAACAAUUGCAAAGAUGCAUUUGCUAUGUGCAGGUAUGCCGGUUAUCCUAGCUAUUUUAUUACUAUCAUAUGUAACCCAGAGUGGAACGAGAUUAAAGAAUGCGUUGCCAAAUAUUCAUUAAAGCCAAGUGACAGGCCGGAUAUCAUAUCUAGAGUGUUUAAGAUCAAGUUAGACGCAUUACUAAAAGACUUAAAGGAUGGGUCUAUAUUUGGAAAGCCAAAAGCAAUUAUCUACACAGUUGAACUCCAGAAGCGUGGCCUUCCCCACUGUCACAUUUUGUUGUUUAUUCAGCCAAACGAGAAGCCUAGAUCAUCCGAUGAUAUUGACCAUCAUAUCUCAGCUGAGAUACCUGAUGAACACAUGAAAAACUACACAGAUUAG